AUGGAAAAGCAUGUUAUGGAGGAAAAUAAGUGUAAAUAUACGGGUAACCAUUUAAAUAGAGCAGUGACUGAGGUGCGCGAGGGAAAGUCGUACCGGGAAGCCUCGAGAGGUUCGGGCGUUCCGGUGACUACGAUAAGGGAUGCCGUAACAAAUCGCUACGACUCCCAGUCAAAGGGAGCUCCACCAACCUUCACUGCUGAAGAGGAAGACAUGAUCGUGAAGUGGGUGCUAUCCAUGGCCGCGGCAGGUUUUCCGGUGGGGGAAAAGCAGCUAAUCCUCUACGUUGCUAAAUUGGCUGAGAAGUUCAAGAAAGAAGAUGCGUUUAAAGAUAACGGUCCAACUCGCGGCUGGGUGAAGCGUUUUAUGGAACGGCACCCCGAAUUGGUGAAGAGGACGGCCAACAAUAUGGCGAAAAAGAGUGGUUCGCUGAGAUCCUCGCGUAUGCGGCCGCUAACAACGUUGAAAAUGUUUUGGCGGAUCGUUCAAGGAUUUUCAACAUGGACGAGUCAGCUUUUUUUGGUCCCGCGCAAACAAAAAGUUUUCGCAGCAAAGGAAUCAAAGAACGUUCAGGCUCUGUCCUCCAACAGUGACAAAGAAAACUAUACGGUCCUGAUUUCGGCUUCAGCUGCUGGUAAGCUAGCACCACCGUUGAUACUGUUUCCGUACAAAUCAAGAUUACCAGCCCACAUUGUGAGCAGCGUGCCGAAAGGGUGGCCAGUCGGGCGAUCCGAAUCAGGAUGGAUGAACUCAGAAGCGUUUUUUGAGUAUAUCGCGAAUGUGUUUUAUCCAUGGGCAUUGAAGCAAAAGGUGCAAUUCCCUUUAAUUCUGUUUGUGGACGGACACUCCUCCCAUACUUCUUUUGAGACAAUUGAGUUCUGUAAGAAGAACGGAAUAAUAUUAGUGUCGCUUUUCCCGAACGCCACCCACGUAAUGCAACCACUUGAUGUAUCAUUUUUCGCUCCUCUGAAAAACGCUUGGCAAGAAGUGGUUAAGCAGUGGAGGUUCGAAAACGAUGGUGCAAUGAUAUCUAGAGCAAAUUUCGCUCCAUUAUUGGAGAAAGCAAUAGAUAGCUUGGAAAACAAGGACACAACGCUGACCAACGGAUUCAGAAAAUGUGGGUUAUACCCAUUCGAUGCAGAUGCCAUUGACUACAAAUCGUUUCCCAAACCCCUGGAAAAACCAUCGACAGCUCCAGCCACGUCUUCAGCAAAAAUUGGAUCAGAAGAAGACUUAUCAGACGCCAACGAUGCUUCAAUUCCAGAGAAUAGAGGUUUCCUUGAAUCAUUAAAUUCUAGAUUGUCUUCCGAGAAACUGUACGCUUUUCGAGCAAAUCGAAACAAUCUCGUCUGGUCUGGACCCGUAGAAGAUGUGAGUCUAUUCUACCUGUGGAGAAAUGCUGUGAACGAAAGCGAAGGGCCACCCAAAUUCAUGGUGAUUGAUGCGCCUUUUCUUACGAUUAAGAGAAACGAUGUUUGUUAUGCCGAGGAUUUCGGACCGAUCAACGCUGAGGAAGCAUCGAUUCAAGAUCUUUCAAAUUUAUACCAAGAGAACAACAACGCAAAUUUCCUGCCAAACGAAACCAACAAGUACAAGAUUACCGAACAGAAGCUGGUAAAACGAGCAUUUCCUUCUGUAGCCACAAGCAAGCAAUGGGAAGACAUGUAUAUGAAGGAACAACAAGCAAAAAUUAAAAAGGAAAAUGCCAGAAAAAGAAUUGAAAUACGAGAAAAGAAUAGGAUCUCACGACAGGAAGACAAGGACAAGAAAACGCAAGAGCGGAAAAAAAGAAAGGUUGCGCGUCAGGAAGAGCAGGAGAGAAAGAUGCAAGAACGAGAAAUAAAAAGGGUUGCGCACCAGGAAGAGCAGCAAAGGAAGAUGGAAGCCAAAAAGCGAAAUCGAACAUUGAAGAUUGAAAAGUCAGCAAAGAAAGACAAAACAAAGAAAGGAGGUGGAAAAAGUACUGCCGCUCCGCUAAAGCUUACAGUAAGCGGAACAGAACAUAACGGAACGGCAAGGAAAAGAAUAGAAAGUGGUUGCAUAAAUCCAACGGAGGCCACUAGUAACUUCACCGCUCCUAUUGAAAAACUUCCACACGUUACUGAUAAACGACCGACUUCGUAUAAACAAACAGAAAACUUCUCGGUACGAAGUUCAGGUGUAUCUUCAAGUUCCGUCGAAGCAACUAGUUUUGUUCCGGGGCAACAGGCAGAACCAAGUACAACACUGACGCAAGCCAGAGUUUAG